AUGGCCCGUCCAAAGCGCAAUGUCCUUGCCACCAUAGACAGCACAAUCACACCGCCUGACGCUUUGGCGCCGAAUCACGCGAUCGCGCGCAUCACCAAAGCCGAAGGCAAGAACAUCUAUGCCGCCGAGCUGCCAGAUGGCAAGCCUGUCCUUGCCGAGCUAGAAGCGAGGUUCAGAUCAACAGUAUGGAUCAAGAGGGGCAGCUAUGUGGUUAUAGAUAUGUCUGCUCUGGCGGACCGUGAGAACAAGCUGGAUGGAGAGAUUGUGAACGUGGUGCGCGACGAGAAGGCGUGGAGGAAAAUGAGCUACUGGCCCAAGGAGUUCGUAAAGAAGUCGACGUACGUCCAAGAUAGCGACGACGAGGAAUCGACCGUCGGCAAGAUGCCGCCCUCCGACUCAGACGAGGACUGA